GAGGAGAGGAGAGGAAGGGAAAAAAAGCGCCUGAAUCCAUCUCUCUCCUCCCCGUGACGUCGGCCGGUCUGGUCCCGGGCUGUGCCGCGCUCUCCGGUCCCGUCUCAGCAGAAACCACUCGAGCUGCUGCUGCUGCCUCCACCGGCCACACAACCUGCGGUGCGACGCGCGCGGUGCCGUGCGUCGAGGUGCGUUGCGGGAAGUCGGCGUUUCUCCUCCUGCCCCCCCCUCCCACUCCAUCUCCUACUCCACGCCGCCCGUGUUCUGUCUGUCCCGCGUUAUCAGUGAACUGUUUGUUUGUUUGUUUUUUCCCCCCACGGCGCCUCAGCUGAGAGGAGAGGACCCGAGGCGUUGAACAAGAGGGGGAGAGGGCGGCAGGGAGAAGGAGAGCAGGAAAAAAAGAGACAAACUAAGAAAAGAGGAGAGAAGAGGAAAACAGGUCGCCGUAGCCUCCUCCUUUUUUCCCCGGGCUAAAUCGCCACCGAGAAGAUGCUGAGAAUAGUCGGCGUGUUGGCUGUAGUGGCUCUGGGGAUGAGCGCCGCUCACACCAAAGUGAACAAACACAAGCCGUGGAUUGAGACGUCAUACCAUGGGGUGAUCACUGAAAACACUGACAUCGUCCUGCUGGAUCCUCCCCUGGUGGCUCUUGACAAAGAUGCCCCCAUCCCCUAUGCAGGGGAGAUCUGCGCCUUCAACAUCCAUGGGCUUGAGGCUCCAUUCGAGGCAGUGGUGCUGAACGGUACGUCUGGCGAGGGCCAGCUGAGGGCGCGUGGCUUGGUGGACUGUGAGCUGCAGAAGGAAUACACCUUCAUCAUCCAGGCUCAUGAUUGCGGUUCAGGCCCCGGAGGCACAGAGGGCAAGAAGUCCCACAAGGCAGUGGUGCACAUUCAGGUCAACGAUGUGAAUGAGUUUGCCCCAGUGUUUCGAGAGCCCCAGUACAGAGCAGCCGUGACAGAGGGCAAGAUUUACGACAGCAUCCUACAAGUGGAGGCCACUGAUCAAGACUGCUCCCCACAGUAUAGCCAGAUCUGCAACUACCAGAUCACCACCACCAACACACCCUUUGCUAUAGAUCGCAACGGAAACAUCCGGAACACAGAGAAGUUAAGCUACGACCGCCAGCAGCAGUACGAGAUCCAGGUGACGGCCUGGGACUGCGGCCAGAAGAGAGCCUUGCACAGCGUCCCCGUUCGCAUUGACGUCAAGCCUGUCUGCAAACCUGGCUGGCAAGGUUGGAACAAACGCGUGGACUACGAGCCAGGAACAGGCAGUAAACAGCUGUUUCCUAAGAUGCACCUGGAGACCUGCGGCGGUCCUCUGUCGUCAGUGAGGACCACGGUGGAGCUGCAGACCAGCCACAUCGGGAAGGGCUGCGACCGAGAGACCUACUCUGAGAAAUCUCUACAGAAACUGUGUGGCGCCUCAUCGGGCAGCACUGACCUCCUCCCUGCCCCCAGCACUGCCACCAAUUGGACAGCUUCCCUGGUGACUGACAGCGGCAGGGACAGUGACUUGAUCUUCAGGUUUGACGGUCGUCAGGCGGCGAAAAUCCCCGACUGGGUGGUGCCCCAGAAUCUGACGGACCAGUUCACCAUAGCAACGUGGAUGAAGCACGGGCCCAGUCCUGGCCUCAGAGCUGAGAAAGAGACUCUGCUCUGCAACUCAGACAAGACUGAGAUGAACCGUCAUCACUACUCACUGUAUGUCCAUAACUGCCGCCUGGUGUUUCUGCUGAGGAGAGACUUCACUCAGGUGGACACCUUCAGGCCGGCCGAGUUCCACUGGAAACUGGAGCAGAUAUGUGACAAGGAGUGGCAUUACUACGUCAUCAAUGUGGAGUUCCCGGUGGUGACGCUGUACGUGGACGGAGUGACCUAUGACCCCUACUUGGUGACAGACGACUGGCCCAUCCACCCGUCGCAGAUUGAUGUGCAGCUCACGGUCGGAGCCUGCUGGCAAGGUGGGGAGGUGACCAAGCCACAAUUCACUCAGUACUUCCGGGGCAGCCUGUCUGGUCUGACCAUCAGACCAGGGAAGAUCGAGAGUCAGAAAGUCAUUUCCUGUCUGCAGGCCUGCAAAGAAGGACUGGACAUUAACUCCCUGGAGAGCCUGGAUAAGAGCAUAAAGUUCCACUUUAACCCAGCUCAGUCCAUCUUGGUAAUGGAGGGAGAGGACUUGGAAAACAUGAACGCCGCAGUGAGGAAAGUUUCCUACAUAAACUCUCGCCAGUUUCCCACACCGGGGAUCCGACGCCUGCACAUCUCCACUGCAGUCCAGUGUUUUGGCGAAGACACCUGCAUCACCAUCCCGGACAUCGAUGCGGUGGUGAUGGUGCUGCAGCCCAGCGAGCCCAGGAUCACCAUCGCAGGGGUGGAGAGACUGAGCAGGCCGGCCCCCGACUUCAGAGCGCCUGGAGGCAUUGUUCUGUUCCAGGACCUCCACAUCGUCAGCACAGUCACCAGGGCAGACGCCACCGCACCUCACACAGCAAAUCAACCCGGUGAGCUGGAGGAAAUCAUUCAUAACUUGGACUACUGUGAUGUCCUGGUGCUGGGGGAGGAGCUGAACCCAGAGCAGGAGUCUCUGCAACUGCAGCGAAGCGCUCUACUUGGAAAACACCUCGAUGCCACCAAUUCCACCUCUGGCAUGUCCAUAUACGGCGUGGACUCCAUGUCCAACUAUGAGCAGGUGAUCCGACAGGUGCGCUAUUACAACUGGCAGCCGGGACAGCUAACGGAGAGAAGAUUUCGCUUGACCUGCUCCGAGCUCAACGGACGCUACACCAGCAACGAGUUCACCCUUGAGGUGAGCUUCCUGCACAGCUCAGAGGCCGAGGAGCACGUCAGUCACAUGGUAGCCCCGCCUCAGUACAUGCAGGUGGUCCACCAUCCGUCCAUGAUCCAUGACCUGUAUCCCAGCCACAGCUCAGGUGUACCCAGUGCCGCCACCGUGGUCAUCGUCAUGUGCAUCGCCGCCCUGGUAGUGGUGGUGGUGCUGGGCAUAUACCGCAUCCACCUGACCCACCAGCAGGAGGUGAAGCUGGCGGAGACGGCUAAAGAGGCGGACGUGACCUGGGACGACUCUGCUCUGACAAUCACGGUCAACCCUAUGGAGAACCUGGAGGAGCCCCAGGCUGCAGAGGAGGAGGCCAGCGAAGAGGAGGAGGAGGAGGAGGAGGAUGAAGAAGAGGAGGAGGAGGAGGAAGACGACGAGGAAGAGGAGGAGGACGACAUCACCAGCGCCGAGUCAGAUGACAGCGAGGAGGACGUGGAUGUCCAGCUACCCAGGAUGCAACGCUCAAGCAAGAAGGGCCAAAACUGGGACAAAACAACAAUAUCCUAUUGAAACACUCCCUCACAGUCGGUCACAAAUGCACACAUUCUUCAACAUGUCCAUUCUGAAACCUCAAAUCAGACGGUUGAAACAAAAAGACUUCAUGUGACAUCGAUGCCCUAAAAAAUGAGGUAAUAUCUCCCCCUACUGGAAGACGACACUGAAACACACACACACACACCAGACACACAAACACACUCACAUGGUGCGAUGAUUUAACCUCGUCAGAAAACCCUCCCGUUUUAUACAACCGAUAAGAAAUAAUAUGACACUAAAACUGCACCUCAGUCAAAUGACUUUCAUCCUUCUUAACGGAAUUACAAAUUUAGGUCAUCCCCCGACAGGAGUUUUCCUUUGAACGUUUUCUCCCAUUACGAUCUAAUCCACAGCCAGAAUCUUAAAUAAAAUAAAGUUAAAUGGAAGAUAUUUUGUCAGUUCAACCCUGCACCGCGCAUUCAGUCUGACGUGUCAAAUUUCACAGUGAGAUUUAUGAUGUCCCAUAAAAAAUAAAAAAUAUGAAAAAAAAAAAAUGCAAAACAGCCUUUAUUUAAGAAAGUUGUGAAAGUUAAAAAGAACUGAGACUAUUUUUGGUUUGUAUACUUCAUGUUAUUUAUCUGUCUUUAUUCAAGCCUCCACGGCGAAGCCAGGUGAUUUUACAGAAAAUAGCAUAUUUUCAAUGGUACUCAAAAACAAACAAAAAGGAAAAAGACAGGUGUGCUGUCGCAGACUGGCCGAGGGGUCUGCGCCCUGGGCCUCUGGAGAAGACAGAGGAGUCUCCUUGUACAUUUUUAUACGCUCCUCUCUUGUAAAUACUGAGUAUAGUAGGUGACACCCCUUUCCUCCCUCUCUCCCUCCCUCUCUCCCACCUACCAAACCGACCCCCACAUUAUCCCCCUCCAGCAUCAUCCCGCCUGUACUCAGCACACGCCACCUCUUCAUGUGUAUGUGCACACCGUGAACCCUUAGCCUGCAGGAGACUUUCCACGCCCGACCCCUGAGUCCUCUGUGUGUGUGUUUCUAGCUCAGUGUUCCCAUCAUUCCAGCUGACAGCGCCGGUGGGUUUGUUUAGGCGGAUGUGCCACUGCCUCCAUAGUGACUGGAUCAGCCCUAGGUGAGAUUUCGGUGUAAAGAUAUAUAGCAGACAGGGAAUAGCAUCCCCUCAGUGCUAAUGCCUCAAGUGUGGCACGAGCACAACACUGUUAACUCCACUCGCUCACUCCUACUUGUCAUUAAUGCUGCAUUACAGAGUUAGGAAGAGUUGGAAAGGAAAAAACUCCCAGUUUCCAUCAAGGAAAAAUACAAUCAGUGGAAAGACCUCUACUAGUUGUGACAAAUAGCAACAGGGAACUACAAGAUUAGUUUUGUAACAUUAACGUCACGCUCCUUGUAUUAAAAUACAGUACAGUAAAAAAAAAUAAUGUAUAUAUAGAGAGGAUAUAUAUAGAUAAACAGAUUAUGAAAAAAUCUUUGAACAUCUUUAUAUUAAUUAUCUCCACACGGCUUACUGGGACAAAAAGUCACUAGCAAAUGUUAUAGAAUGUGUUGCAUCUAAAUAAACAAGUUUCCCUUCAGAAGUUUAAAACAAUGAACACAGAGCUAAAAGUAGACAGGAUAUUUUAAAUUGAUUUUCAGCGUAGUGACUUUCAUUUCGAGGAAGGACUAAAUGUGUCACAGUUUAACCCUGUGAAGCCUCAGAAACAUAUAAAUUAAUAAUAAUAUAUAAGGAAAUGGAUCACCAGGUGAACUUAUGUAACAUAAGGCUGCACAGAAAAAUCAAAAUCAUAAUAUAUACAUAUCUAAAAUAAGAGCAUAUACAUAGAAAAAACUGAAUUUAUAAAAACUAAUUCAGAUGACAUUUCAAUUUAUUAAUCAGCUGAAUUAAAUAAAUACAAAAUGAUAAAGAAAAUGGCAAAAAGGUGGACUGGAUUAUGAUCUGCAAUACAGAAGUAGGUUGUAGGUUGUGGUAGUAAAUAGGUUGCUAUCCUUACUGUAAUAUUUUCAAAAUGGUACAUUUUUUCCCUGAAAAAAAAAAGAAAUAUAUCUAUCUUUCUAUAUACAUAUAUAGUGCCAUGUAUUAACCAUGUAUCAAAUGGUAUACUUGAUGAUAUGGAGUUAAAGUAGUUGAUAAUUGUUUGUAGCCAGAAGCAAGGCUCCAAAUCAGAAAAUCAGACUCUCAUGUAAAGCAGCGUUAAUGGAACGAGUUUAGAUUUUAAUGUCACUUUGUAUAAACCCCACUGCAUUAGCCACAACUUCAGGCCUCUGCAUUGUGAAGUUGCCUGGUGCAACUUAAAGAGGGUGGAUGGUGAGAUGGUGGGGGGUGGGGGGUAGUAGAAUUUUGGCAGUGUCACAUUCGUCCCGAUCAGAAAACCCAGUCAAAAUUCACCUUGAAGUGAAAGGGCAUUAAUCUCUGACCAUCCUGAGUCCAGUCCGUCUGUAAUGUCUGAGAAGUAUCAAUAAAUGGCAGAAGAAAACAGAAAUAACGGCGUGUACAUGUGCGUGUAUACAGUUUGCCACAGAUUAAUGAAAAGGUUUGUCGCCACCACCGGGAAAUGUCCUCCUCUACCGUAGUGAGCCUUUGCUGUUAAGAUCUCAUAUGUUGUUUAAGAGUUUUCUUCAUCUACUGUGACACCUGGUCUUGUGACGUCACCUCCCUCCUUGCACCCCCCUCCCCUUGAAAUCUUUGGUGGAUUUUGCAUCGGCCCGAGCCCUAAUGUUGUCCUGACGUUUGUUUUAGAAGAGGACUGUGACUCUGAAACCUUGUAUAAUGUGUAAAAGGUUUUUUUUUUUAGUUUUUUUUUUUUCUCUCUCUCUGGACUCUUUGGUCUGUUUUCCUUUGGAAUGGUCACUACAGCACUUUCUGUAAAUUGGCCAAUAAAAACUUGUUUUGGAAUCUA